GUGAGGCUGAGAAGUGGCUUCCUGGGGAGAGGAGAAAGAGGAGUAGGGGCCACCCUGUCUUGGCUCUACUACAAUCACUUCUCUUAUUUGAAAGGAGGCAGAGGGAGCCCUGGAAAAAAAGUUCUCCUUGGUUUCCUAACCUUAUGCGACUUAGAUUUGGGAGGGCCUGGUCUUUGGGGGUGGCCUCAGGGUAUUUUGAAAAGGACCAGCAGGAGAUCCUCUGGACCUUCCACUCCCCAAACACUGAAGCAGUGGACAAGCAGAUCUUAGGAUGCACCAUCUGGGAAAGCACCAAGUGUCCUCCUGGAUUUGCUGUGGAACCUCAAUAAACUGAGCUCCGGCCACAACCAGUGCCUAAAUCCAUUGGUGGCCCCAGAAUGUCAGAGGAACUUUACUGUGAGUCAACAAGACGUUCCACAACACCGCUUGCUGUGCGGGGAAGGAUGACUCUCCAGGCUGGAGAUGUUUAGCCUGAAGAAUGUAAGCGGACACAUAACAGUGGUCUUCAGAACUGGCUGGCACACGGGAGAGAGCCUUUUCAGCUGUGGCCCCAGGCUUGAGGAUGCCCUUCCCCUAGACACCCACUCUGCUCCCUCCCUGAUGGUGAGCCUUUGGGAGGGACUGAAGUUCAAAGGCCAGCCUUGGUGACCGGUCCUUCAAGACCCUUCAAACCUGAGUCCAUUGUGCCUGGCAGCAACACGCAGAGGAUGAGAAGGCAAAAUUCAUGACUUCCGCUGGGGAACAUCCAUUCGGCGGCUGCUUUUGGAUGUCAGCAAUCAGCACCAAGUCCCCGUCACCGAGCAGGAGACCCAAGUGACCCUGCAAGCGCAGCGUGGGAGACGGGCCUGCCGAGAAAGGGGAUGGCGACAGAGCCGAGCACCGACGCGAAGGCCAGCGGCAGGAAAGGAACGAGGAGAGGCCAUGCUGAGAGGGAGAGGAAACUGUGUGCCUGCACCUGAAUCUCCCCCUUCUACCCUCCUUGUCCUGAGUGAGGAUGGCAGAAGAGCAAGCAUUCCAGGAGUCCCUCUGCUGAAGCUUUUGCUGGCGGCGCCUGGGAAAAGGUCAGCGUUGAGCAGGAACUUCCCUUCCCACCCCACCCCUCUGCUGGAUGUUUCCUUCAUGGUCCAAAACCAUGAAGAGAAAGGAGGGAGUGGCAAAGCUCCCCCAGAAACACUAGCCCAAGGCAGGGUUGGGCUGUAAGUCAAAGCAUCCCUUUCCCCCCUCCCAGCAGAAAAGGGGCAAAUCCCCAUCUCCACGUGGCCCUCCCAAAUGGCAGGCCAUCGGUGGGCCGUGACAUCAGCACUGUGCACGUGUGUGGCAGCCAUCUCUCUCCUGUACGUGGGCGAGGUGCAGGCUGACUGCUGGCUGAUCGAGGGCGAGAAGGGCUUUGUGUGGCUGGCCAUCUGCAGCCAGAACCAACCCCCUUACGAGUCCAUCCCUCAGCAGAUCAACAGCACCAUUUUGGACUUGAGGCUGAACGACAACAAGAUCAAGAGCGUGCAGUUCUCUUCCCUCAGCCGUUUCAGUAACCUCACAUACCUCAACUUGACCAAGAACGAGAUCUCCUACAUCGAGGAUGGUGCCUUCUCUGGACAGUACAACUUGCAAGUGCUGCAGCUCGGUUACAACCGCCUGAGGAACCUGACGGAGGGAAUUCUCCGGGGCCUGGGCAAGCUGGAGUACCUCUACCUCCAGGCAAACCUCAUCGAGACUGUCACCCCCAACGCCUUCGGGGAGUGCCUCAACAUAGUGAACAUUGACUUGUCCAUGAACCGGAUCCAGAGGCUGGACAGCAACACCUUCAGGGGCCUGAACAAACUCUCGGUUUGCGAACUCUACAGCAACCCCUUCUAUUGCUCCUGUGAGCUCCUAGGCUUCCUUCAGUGGCUUGAGGGCUUCACCAACAUGACACGCACUUAUGACCGCAUGCAGUGUGACUCACCGCCAGAUUACUCUGGCUACUACCUUUUAGGCCAAGGCCGGAGUGGAUACCGCAACGCCCUGGGCAUGCUCUCUUCCCUCUGCACCGGCGGCCCCUACACCAUGCCACCUUAUUUAAUCCCGCCUAAGAACCCAGUGACCACAGCUGUUGCUGAGAGCCCAUGCCCUGAAGAGGAGUGCUUCUCCGGAGACGGCACCACACCGCAGGCCUCGCUGCACACCCCUGUGAUUGAUCCGGGUCUGUUCCCUACCAUGAAAGUGAAGCAGCUGACCCACAACUCCGCUGUCCUGAGUGUGCAGAUCCCGGUGCCCUUCAGCAAGAUGUACACUUUGGCACAGUUUGAGAAUGGCCGCUACAAUGUCCUCACCAAGCUCUUGAAGAAGAAGGAAGACAUCACGCUGACGGACUUGGGCCCAAACGAAGACUACACCUAUUGCGUGAUGUCCUCCAACCGUGUCUCAAGGUACAAUUAUACUUGCCUCACCAUCAACCUCAACAAGCAUAACAAGGAAGAGCCAAUACCCAGCCCCUCGACUGCCACUCACUACAUCAUGACGAUCUUGGGCUGCCUAUUUGGCAUGGUCAUUGUCCUAGGGGUGGUGUACUACUGUCUCCGGAAGAGGCGCCAGCAGGAAGAGAAGCACAAGAAAGCUGCCGUCAACAUGAAGAAGACCAUCAUUGAGCUGAAAUACGGGCCAGAGAUGGAGACAACUGGCAUCUCUCAGCUGUCUCAAGGUCAGAUGCUGGGUGGUGAGACUUUGACCCGCAUCCCAUACCUUCCCUCUGUGGGAGAGGUUGAGCAGUACAAGCUGAUUGACAGCAGUGAGACCCCCAAGGCCACAAAGGGAAACUACAUGGAAGUGCGGACAGGCGAGCAGCCCGAGAGGAGGGACUGUGAGCUCCCCAUGCCACCAGACAGCCAGAGCUCCGUGGCAGAGAUCUCCACCAUCACAAAAGAGGUGGACAAGGUGAACCAGAUCAUCAACAACUGCAUUGAUGCCUUGAAAUCAGAAUCCACCUCCUUCCAGGGGGUGAAAUCGGGGGCGGUGUCCACUGCCGAACCUCAGCUGGUGCUCUUAUCUGAACAGAUACCCAGCAAACACAGCUUCCUAGCUCCGGUCUACAAGGAGAGUUACAACCACCCACUGCAGAGGCACCACAGCAUGGAGGCCCCCCCCAAACGUUGCAGCACUUCUUCCAGUGGCUCCAUACGGAGCCCCCGAUCCUUCCGCUCCGAGGGCUCCGGCCACAAAUCAGAAGCCAAAUAUAUUGAAAAGACGUCUCCAACCACAGACACCAUUCUCACUGUGACACCAGCGGCUGCAAUCUUACGGGCCGAGGCAGAGAAGAUCCGGCAGUAUAGCGAGCACCGGCACUCUUACCCAGGGUCCCAUCAGGGAGAGCAGCAUGAGAGCAUGGGCGGGCGCAAGCCCUCCAUCUUGGAACCUUUGACCAGGCCCCGCCCUAGAGACUUGGCCUACUCUCAGCUUUCCCCCCAGUACCACAACCUGAGCUACACCUCCAGCCCAGAGUACACAUGCAAACCGUCUCACAGCAUCUGGGAGCGUUUCAAACUGAACCGAAAGCGCCACAAAGAUGAGGAGGAGUACAUGGCAGCCGGCCACGCCCUGCGCAAAAAGGUCCAGUUUGCCAAAGACGAGGACCUUCAUGACAUCUUAGACUACUGGAAAGGGGUGUCUGCCCAGCACAAGUCCUGAGCCCUCCGCUUAACUCGUGACUUAAUACUGGACCAAUAGAAACAAAUAAAAUCAGCAGCAGCUAUUUUUAACCAAGACUUGUCUUUAAACACACACACACACACCUUAUGAGAAUCUAUAAUUAUUCUAUAUAAUGUAUCAGAGAGAGAGAGAGAGAGAGAGAGAGAGAGAGAGAGAGAGGUGUUUAAAGUUGUCUCACAUUUGUGGGCUCCACACAGAUCUGAAAACAGGGAGGGGAAUCGGAGAUGCUUAAACACUAAUAAGUAAACUGUGGAGUGAGAAAAGGUUUUCUUUUUGUUAAAAAAAAAAGAGGAAAAUUGAGUUUAAAAAAAACCCGAGAGAGAAACAACAGAAAAAGAGAGGGAGUGAGGCAGAAAAUGAAAGGAAAAAAUAUGGAGUAACCACGACUGCAUCGCAUGACUCAUGAUUCUGUGGUUUUUGUGGACUCUGUGUACAGUUUUGUCUUCUUCCUUUCAGUAACCAAAAGUAAAAGCAAACACAAAACAGUUAAAUCAGAAAAAGUUAGCAGAAGGAUUUUUUUUUUUUUUUUUAAGAUCAUUCUUUGGGCCUUUUGCAAAUGGAGUCUUCCAGUUUAGACUAUGAACCGCCUGAAGUCCCAUUUGUGCUUUUCUUUGGUGAAAGGUGACUGUGUCGCAUUGUGAAACCAACGCCGUUCUAUUGUACAGAGAGAAAAGAAAUUCUAUAUUUGCAAACGUUUGCUGUAUAACGAGAAAGAGUGAAAAAGAAAGGAAAAUAUUACAUCUACUAAAAGAAAUAUAUCUAUAUAUUCACCUGUUUGUACCAGGUUUUAAUCAUGGAUUUUAGAAAAAAGAAAGA